AUGUCAAGUAAAUCAGCUAAAGAACAAUUAGAACAGGAAAAGAAGAUACGAAAGAAAAAGGCGUUACUUCUUGAGCCAAAAGAAUCUAAUGCAAAUAAAUUUAAAUAUUUACAAUGGCUUAUUGAAGAGGAUAGUGACAUCGUUUCAUAUUGUAAAAUAAAUCAUUCAUUGACUGGAUUAAUUUUAAGUGAAUAUGCCACUGGACAAGUUGCUCAUUGUAAAAAAGGAAAACAAACUAGUAAAGCUGCAUUAAGUCAAUUAAAAAUAAUCGAGUU